CUCGUGUUUCCGGCAUCCUUGUGACUCUCUGCAGAAGGGCACGAAGAGGCCGAAACAAGAGUGCCCGGUGUAGCAAGAACUUGGCACUUCAUCCUUCAAAUAUGCUGUCCAGGCUCCUCAUUAUUUCGGGCAAUGGCCUGAAAAGCAGCGGCCCCCUUGGAGCUGGUGUGGUCCAGGCAUCCCGCUCCCUGCACACAUCGUCCCAGAGUCUGGCCCCAGUGCCCCCUCUGCCAGAGACAGGAGGCAAAGUCCGUCAUGGCAUCAUCCCAGAGGAGCUUUUCCAGUUCCUGUACCCCAAAACUGGAGUCACAGGACCCUACAUGCUCGGCACUGGACUCCUCGUUUAUAUGCUUUCCAAGGAAAUCUAUGUCAUCAACCAUGAGACUGUUGCAGCCGCCUCCAUUCUCAGCGUCAUCAUCUAUGGUAUCAAGAAAUAUGGCUCAAGUGUUGCAGCUUAUGCUGACAAAUUGAAUGAGGAGAAAGUGGCCGAGGCUCAGAAGGUGAAGGACGAAUCCAUCGCCAACCUGGUUGAUGCUAUUGAGGAUGAGAAGAAGGAGCAGUGGAGAGUAGAGGCAAGGUCAAUGCUCUUCGAUGCUAAGAGGAACAAUGUGGCCAUGCUGUUGGAGACCAACUACAGAGAGAGGCUACACAUGGCGACCCAUGAGGUGAAGAGGCGCUUGGACUACCAGAUCGCCCUGCAGCAUCUCCAGCGCCAGAUGGAGAAGGAGCACAUGGUGAACUGGGUGGAGAAGAGUGUCAUUGGCAGCAUCACUCCUCAGCAGGAGAAAGAGAGCAUCGCCAAGUGCAUCACAGACCUGAGGGCUCUGGCAAAAGUCACUCAGGCCAAAACUACAGCCUAAACAAGUCUUCAGAGAAGACCUCUCUAGUCCCCAACUCAUGGCCCUAAGACGAGACGUUCACUUUUCUUUACAGAAUUCCCUCAUUAAAGAUUGUCUCUGUCAACAUGUUGUGGGUGUGUACAGUAUUUACACGUCAGCUGAUGGUAAAAUAAAUCAUUCUCUUAUUCAACUUCA